AUGCCAGAAGUUGACGCGAUCCGAGUGAAGGGGACAUCUUGGAGCAUUCCCCGAAUCGAUCCUGUUCAUUUCACUGCUGAGAGAUUUGCAGCAGUAAUUGCAGACACUGCCGGACCUCAUCCUUCCGAAGCCGGUGUGCCUCGAGUUGACUUUCUUUGGCUGGAUGUCGCCUGUAUCGACCAAACCCCCAGAUCCCGCGAGAAAGCUCAGGAAAUCGGUCGCCAGGCCAAGAUAUUCCGGGGCGCUACUCAAGUCUUCGUGUGGUUGACUACUCAUGACAUAUCCUGGUAUACCACCUGGGCAUCCGAAAUGGAGCCUCAGUUUGAGCUUAUGUGCGGCCCCAAAUUUCAUACUGAGGUCGACGUUCGUGAUUGGGCAAUGGAAGUAACAAUGAUUGUUGCCGACUUGCUAGCUGACCCUUGGUUCUCCUCGCUUUGGACUCUUCAAGAGACGUUCCUGUCUCCAGCAGCCGUGAUAAUCCCGGGCGACGCAAUGAAGAGCAGUAUUGACCUCUGUCGUCUCAGUUUUAUCAGUGAGACCCUGCAAUCAAUCAAGGAUGCUUUGGGCUAUGAUGACGAGAUACGGGAAGCCGAUGAAGAGUGUGGCUUAGGUGCUAUGAUUGACCUGACUGGGCUUCUUGUGUGCCUCGAUCAGCAUUCUAUGGGCUUGUUGACGGCUGCAGGACAUCGAACCACUCGCCACGAGGAAGACCGUGUGUACGGAAUUAUGCAAGUUUUUGAACUCCAACUUGGUAAUUCGGCCCCUGGUAUCGAUGAAAAUCGUGCUUUCAGCUUGGAAGAGCUUAACGAUCAGUUGGGCGCAGCAUUAUUGGUAAAAGACCCUAUAUUGAGCCAGAUGUAUAUCUAUCAGGGUAAAAUUGAGCCAAGAAAGGGCUGGCGAUUAGCCAGAUGUUCGAUCGUUCCCUCUGAGUCAAAGGUUUUCUAUCAUCGCAAGCGGGCUCAACCCACAGUCGAGAAUCGUGCAACGCUAUCUUGUCAACGGUUAGAGGCUUCCCUCUGGGGCAAAUUCUCAGGACCGAUGGUAUCAUUUCGAGUUUUCGCACAGCGUCUUUUGCACGAUUGGCCGAACGCAUGGUCUUAUGGGGGCGCGACCAUAUUGCUUGACAAGGAAAUUCUCGACGAAUGCCCUGAAGAAUACCGUGCGACCAAUCUCUCCCGGGCUGCAUUUUUGGCGCCUUAUACACCAGAGGUGACAAUUUUGCUUUUGGGAUUACAAAGUGAACUCAAGAGCGAAGGCGAAAAGGGUCGUAGAUCAGCGGUUGGAUUGCUCCUACACCGGUUUUCGGAUCUGGCAUUAAAGACUGCGACGGAACCCGAAAUUUGGAAGCGUGUUGGUCUCUUUAUAUGGAGUGUCGACUCGGAACGGCUAGAAGAGGAAGCAAUGCGCAGCAACGAACCUUUCAAACUACUCGCGAAAUCUAUUGAGAACUCUAAGACUAUAACCAAAUACCUUCCUUAUCUGAAGGGCGAAGGCCCUGAGUGGAAGGAUGCGUCAGGGUUGUAUGGGUAG